AUGACUUCAGAUUUCAAUCUCAACGACGCUUGGUUUCCAGAUGAUGAAGAUGAAGAAAUUGAUGGAUAUUCCGGCUUUAACUUGAACGAUGCUCCGAUUCCAGAAUCAGAGAUGGAAGAAGACUCUGGAAGUGAUGGCAAUCAUCACAUAAUCAGUUAUGAUAAUAGUUCUGAUGAUGAUAUGGAAGAAGUUGGGGACAUACUUCAAGGCAACGCCGUUUAUUUUGAUUUGAACCAUCCACCACUAGAGACUCCACUCCAUCAAACAGGAAAUCAGCAACAAGCAACACAAAAUCAUCCUAAGCGUCGCAGGCUCAGCAGUCAAAACAAGCUUCACAUUCUCAUAUGGCUCCUGGAUAGGGCAACAAGGGGCAAAAAAGAAUACGGGUCAAUAAAAGCAGCAACAACUCACUUUGGGGUCGUGUCAAGGACCAUAUCUAGGAUAUGGAACACAACAAGGAGGCAGAAACAAGCAAUGCAAAGGUAUAAUCUUGCAACUCUACAUCAUAAUGCUGGCAGGAAGAGAAUUCAAUUAGACAUUGAUGAGCUAACCAAACUUGCAAUGGGAGACAGAACAUGUAUAAGGGACUUAGUUCCAAAGCUUGGCAUAACGAGGGGUACGAUUCAUCGAAUGAUUAAAAGGGGAGGUAUCAAGCCACAUACAAAUCCGUUACAUCCUGGAUUGGGGGAUCCAAACAAGAUAGCAAGGAUGGCAUACAUUUCAGGUAUGCUGGUGGGGGACGCACCAGAAACAAAGACACGGUACAAACCAUAUGACUAUGUUCAUCUAGAUGAGAAAUGGUUUUAUUUGACAAAGAAAUCACAGAGAUGCUAUCUUGCAAGGAAUGAAAAAGGCAAACACAGAGCUGCACCAUCAAGCAAAUGGAUACCAAAAGUAAUGUUCACAGCGGUUGUUGCAAGACCAAGAUUCAACACACAAAAGGAGUGCACUUUUGAUGGAAAGAUAGGCAUAUUCCCAUUCACAUAUAGUGAACCAGCAAAGAGAAGAUCAAAAUACAAAGAGAAGGGGACAUUAGUGACCAAAGUCAUUGAAUCAGUAAAUCAAAAGGUGACAAGGAGCAUGUUAAUCGAGCAAAUCAUACCGGCAAUAAUAGAAAAAUGGCCACCUAGUGAAGGUCCGAAGACAAUAUUCAUUCAGCAAGACAAUGCAAAGGCACAUGUGACUCAAGAUGAUGCUAUAUGGCAACAAGUGUACCAACAAGGUGAUUUCACAUUCAUACUAGUGCAACAACCACCUAAUAGUCCUGACAUGAACAUAUUGGACCUCGGUUUUUUUAGGAGCAUUCAAUCAUUAUUGCACAAAAAAAUGCCAAAAGACGUAGAUGCAAUGAUGCAAGCAGUUCAUGAUGACUUUUAUGAGUUGGAGCCUAAAACACUGAGUAAUGUUUGGUAUUCACUGCAAUAUGUUUGGAAUGCUAUUUUAAAGUCACAGGGGGCAAAUGAAUAUGUCUUGCCACACGUAAACAAAGCAAGACUUGAAGCUGAAGGUAGAUUAGAAGAGCAAGUACGUACAAGCUCCAAUGUGGGCAGUCAUUCAAGCAUGGGAUGCAAUACAUGGGGAAACAAAUGCACAGCCAGAGUAGGUAAUUGCAGCAACAGGAACAAGAAACUCACAACCGGACAGAGACACACCAGAGAGUUCUAA